CAUCCUCUCCCACCCCCACUCGCAACAGACUUCUUGUGGCUUUGAUGUGAAACAGUGAAAAUUUGACAAACACAGUGAUUACAUUUCCAAAAGUUUUUUUAUUUGUUUGAUUGAAAAACAUUGAGAUAAAUUGAUCUUUAUAUUUCUUGAAUAUAAAGAGGUUUAUUUUUUGAGACCGUGGAUGUUUUGGAGAGACGCUGCGAGGAGCUAGAGGAGGAAAACAUCCUGCUGAAACAGUGGAGAACCUCAAGUUAAAAUCCAACAACUGACCGGGAGAAGCGAUUCGAACAUCAAUGACUUGAUGGUAGAAAACAAAAUGACAGAAAGGAAGAACGAGAAAGAAGGAUCCGGGCCCUGAAUAAGGAAUUGGAGGAGUCAAGAGUGACAAUUGAAUCUUUGAAAAGAGAAUAUAAAGAGAUAUCCAGAGCAAAUGAACGACUGGAAAGGACAAAUGUUUCCAUAAGGCAACAGGCCAACAGUUUAAUGGAAAAGAGCAGAGUUCGGCACUGGCUCGAAAACGAAAACAACGAGCUUAACAAAGAGAUUGUGGCUUUGAGAAUCAAGAUGGAUAGAAUUAAAUCCAAGCAAAAGUCAGCUGAUGUAGAGAAAACUGCUAAGACCAAUGAGGAAAAGCAAGAGAAGGUGCCAGAGGAGACCAAGCCAACAGUGCUGAAGAGAGUUGGGCUUGUUUUUGUCUCCAUGUAUCUUCAGGGAACACUGAGAUAUUGGCUUCCCCCAUGGAUAUUUUAAUAGUGCUACCAAAUAAAACACUAUAUCUACCAAAUAAAAACAAAUUAAGGAGCAACAUCUUGACAAGAAACAUGCCCAACUCUCUGAAACAUUGUUGGUGUUGGGGUCUCUUCCAGCGAGCGGGUCUGGGUUGAAGCAGGAACGAUGGAAGAGUUUUGGAGAGAAGAGUCUGUUGGCUAAUGGAACCUCGGAUUCUGGAAGAGCAGUGUGGUUUUCGUCCUGGUCGUGGAACACUGGACUCUACACCCUCAUCAGGGUCCUGGAGGGUGCAUGGGUGUUCGCCUAAUCGGUCUACAGUUCUGUGGACUUGGAGAAGGCGUUCGACUGUGUCCUUCAGGAAGCCCUGUGGGGGUUCUCUGGGAGUAUGGGUUCAUGGGCCCUUUGAUACGGGGUGUCAGGUCCCUGUACGACCAGUGUCAGAGUCUGGUCUUCAUUGCCAGCAGUUAGUCGGUCUCGCUCCCAGUGAGAGUUGGACUCCGCCAGGGCUGCCCUUUCUAGGCGCAGCCAAGGGAUCCGUUUUGGUGGACUUAGCAUGGAAUCUUUGCUUUUUUGCGGAUGAUGUGGUCCAAUUGGCUCCAUCAGGACGUGAUCUGCAGCUCUCGCUGGAGCAGUUCGCAGCCGAGUGUGAAGCGGCCAGGAUGAAGAUCAGUGCCUCCAAAUCCGAGGCCAUGGUCCCGAGCCAGAAAAGGGCAGAGUGCCUUUUACCGGGUCGAGGCCGGUGGAGGAGUUCAAGUAUCUCAGGAUCUUGUUCACGAAUGAGGGAGGAAGGGAGCGGGAGAUCGGCAGGCGGAUCGGCACAGCGUCUGCCGUGAAGCGGACGCUGUACCGGUCUGCUGUGGUGAAGAGAGAGCUGAGCCAAACAGCGAAGCUCUCAGUUUACCGGUCGAUCUACAUUCCCGCCCUCAUUUGGAAGAACAAGAUACAAGUGGCCAAAAUGGAUUUCCUCCAAAGGGUGGCUGGGCUCUCCCUUAGAGACAGGGUCAGAAGCUCGGUCAUCCGGGAGGGACCCAGACUAGAGCCGCUGCUCCUUCACAGCCAGUUGAGACUCGGGCAUCUGGUCGGGAUGUCUCAUGGACGUCCAUGAGGUCCUUCGCCAGGGUCCCAGGGAAGAACCAGGACACGCUGGAGGGACCAUGUCUCUCAGCUGGCCUGGGAACACCUUCAGGUUCCCUCAGAGGAGCUGCAAGAAGUGGCUGGGGACAGAGAAGACUGGGCCUCCCUUCUGGAGCUGCUACCCCAAAGACCCGACCCUGGAUUAGCUGCAGAUGGAUGGAUGAUAAUUAAAUUUUACUUCCUCUCCGCACCUUGGGGAGAGUCUAAGCGACAGGAUCAGCAGCGACAGAAAAAUGAACAGUGGAGGGAGAUGCGCAUUUUCAAUUCCGCUCCAAACGUCCGAUUAUUAUAAGCGGCUUUGUUAUGAGUCGCUGGUUUGGGUGUGGUUAAAUUUACAGUCCCCUGUGGACUGUAAAUUGUUUUUGCUAACCAGUUGGAGCUGCAAACUUUUCCUGAACAUUUUGUCUGGUAUUCGGAGCCAAAAACCAGACAAAUAUUACACUUUGUAUCAAAAACACGUGUCAAGAAGAGUCGCCGGCCAGGACAUCGAGUAAAGAAACGAAUCGGGUGGGGGGGCGACGCAACUUGGCACGAAGCGUCAAUUACAGUACUUUAAUAGAUUACACUAACAUUUCUUCAUUGGGGCAGUAGGAAAAACCCAUGAAACUCUCUAAGAAAAUGCAUUUCUGUUCAGUUUACGUUAAGAGUUUCUCUGCCCGUAUUUCUGUCCCCUAGUCAUUUCAAAAUGGUGCCAUUGUUAAACCAAUGCACCAACAAACAAAUAAAUAAAUAAAAUCGACACUGCUUGUCCUUACAGCGGAAAAAGAAAAGGCCAGUUUUCAUACGGGGCUUUAAAAACAGUGACCCCGAAUGGUGUUGCCACGCAACCAGCAGCUUGGCGGUUUCACGCGGCUUCCUGGCGGUAUUGUCAUUCGCGCACAGCAGAGAUCCACUUCGGUGUCAGACUCUCGGCCAGAGUUGGUGAGCAAACAGGAUGGGCAACUUUCUCUGAGUGAAUAUUAACAAAGCCAACGGCUCCAUGGGUAACAGCUGCCGGGCAACAACGCUUCACCGAACAGCUCAUCAUGUGUUAACAAAGGACCAGAGAAUCCAUCACGUGGCGAUUGGGACAUGUCAGAAAGGUAUGUACCAUCCACAAUAGAUUUAUGUGUUCUUUUUUUUAAAAAAAAAAUCCCUCUGGCUCAUGUUAAGCAGAAAGAGCAUGUAGGAUAAAUAAUAGAAAUACCAGGGUCCACUUAUCACCUGCAGACAGGAACUAUGAGAAACUAACAGCACCUGCUCAGAUGUCCACUGGUGUCAUGGCAACGGGUCCUAAUCUGCAUCGUCAGGCCCAGUUCACUGUAACUCGAACCACUCUGCCAGUGGUCAGGGUGUCAGCCAGCACACACACAUAGAUAGGGCUUACAUUACAAUAAUGCAGCAUACAACUUCUAUUUACGCAGGUGAGUGCGUCAAUGUACUAUGCACACCAUGUCAGGUUUUCUUUGUAACAUCUAUUUUUCCUCUCGUAGUUCUUCUGGUGUGAAUACGCUCAGUGGAAGUUUUCCUAAAUCCCACUCAUCCCAGUACUCAGAGCUCGGAGUUACUCGUACACCUCUCUCUGUGGACCACAGUUCUGAUUCUGGACUGGUAUUCACACCUCUUCCUUCAAGCCGCUUCCAGUUUGUGCCGUGGCACCGCCUGGAGCAGUGUGAGGUCACAGGCGACCAGCUGACCUGCCCCCGGGUUAGAGAAGGCCCAUCAGAGGAGGAGUUUCAGUUCAGAGAAGGAAGAAAUUUCUGUUUGGAAAGAGGGAGGAGGAAGAGGAGAGAUGAGGAAGGGCAGAGCUGGGAGGAGAGACUGCAAGAAAAUUGGGAAAACUGUCUGGAGCUAAAUCUGUCCUACCAAAACUUGGGUGAUCCCUACCAGAGGGAGAACUUUUUCCGCAUCCUCCGACGGUUGAUCCGCGUGGAGACACUACAGCUGAUCGACAACUCACUCACCGAUCUGAGUUCAGUACGUUUGCCAAGGUGCAAAAUGCUAAACCUGCAUCGUAACCACCUGGUGUGUCUGCGUCAGCUGCCAAAGCUCCCAGCGGUGGAGCACCUCUGUUUGUCGGAGAACGCCAUCAGCUCCCUGCGGGGACUGGGGGCUCUGGGGAGCAGCCCACUGCGCUCCCUUAACCUGACCCGCAACCCAGUGACCUUCAGUCGGGACUAUCGUGCACAUGUUUUCUCCUGUUUGCCAAACCUGGAGGUCCUGGACGGCAUUCCCAAACUUCCAGGAGACUCGUGGCCCCUCUUGGUGAAGGGACCAGAAUCCAGCAGGAUGUGUAUCAUUUUAUAACUCUCUUUGAAGGAGAAUGAAAACAGACUUAUUUCUGGUGUUCACGCUUUUGGCCUGCGAAACAACAACACAGAGGAAGGAAAACCAGCUGAGUAACAUUUUCUACAUUUACCAAGACUGUCAAAAGCUGUACGUGAGAGACUUGAUAAUAAUAUCCAAACUGAACUGUAUUGAGUUUUGCUUAUAUUUUGUAAGUCAGAUAUUUUGUACAUAAUAAAAAUAUUUUGAUAAAAAGAAA